AUGUCUGCCUCGAGGUUCCGACACAGCAGCAGCACCCAUACACGAUUCAAAGUCAUGGCCGACCACCAAAUUUCGUCCUCAGAUAUAUCAUGGAAGGACUUCAUGCCUGGGUUCUUCGACGAUCUGUUCAGUUGUACAUCACCCGAACAACUUUAUGAUAAAUAUCUGGGACCAAGUUGGAGGUAUAACGAAGAUUUUUGGAGUGUCGAUGCGUGCCUCCAAGCAGGCAACAACGGUGGCUUCAAUAAUACCGCAUUUCCUAUACAUCAUGGUUCACCUUUAGUGAUGUACUCACCGUCAUCAUCCAUAUCCAUAACACCCUAUUUAUCCGAGGGAGGUGAGAUGGUAGUACCGCCCCUCCCUAUAUGCCAAGGUGUAGUGUCACCAGAGAAUCUCCCUCGAGGAGACGUUCACUUCCCAGCAAAUCACAAUUACUCCCAUGACUCUGUAUAUAAUUGGAGCACUCACUUUCCAAGAUAUACGUUGUGUGAUACGCUCAAUCAACCAGCAUUCGAGGAUCCUAACUCGUUGGAAUCAACGUCCCUCAUGUAUGAUUCAAUUCAGUACCAUACCAUCAUGCUACUUGUAGCUGACCAAGAUAGUGUAUCAAGCGACUUCCCGGCUCCAUUUGGCACGCAAUCAUUUAACGAGAGUGCCCUUAAUAACUUCGCAUUUUCAAGCGGGAGCCAAAAUUGUCAAGACGUCGAUUAUCUGACCCCCUCUUAUACCAUUGGAGAAGGGUCAAACACCUACAACAAUAUAUCCAUCAGCGAAAGGCAAUACUCGGUGGAUAAAAGCUCCAGGGAUCUCCCCGUCGAGCAUCAACAAAACAAAGUUCUGAAAAAAUUGGACCUUGCUCGCAGUCGAACAGUCGAACAGCCGGUGACCGAAAUAAGUUCGGAAAAGAGCCAAGGUCAUAUCCCCAACUGCAUGAAGGGGUUUGGCAUCAGUGUCACCCGAGAGCGCAAGCAAAGGCGAAACGACAACCGGUUCGUCAACCUGGCCGGGAUCUAG